CUCAUAAAUUGAUAAAAGUGGGAAUUGCAAAUAGUCAAAUAUUUGUGUUAACAAUAAUUAAUAACAUCCGGCAACACUUUUUUUAUUAAAUCAUACUCACCGUCUCCCAGUUCUCUGUAGUUAUUCUCCUCAUGAAUCGUAUUUUUGCCACCGGUUCAACAUUGCUACGUUCGAGCUUUCCUAAGUUAUUAAAAACGCCUCACAAUAAAAUGGUUUCCUUGGAACAAGUAGUGGAAAACAAUAAACGCAGUCAAGAGAUUAUAGAAUCUCUGAAAAGUGAAUUAACAGCCAUUCGUGGAGAACUUAUUAGCCGCAAAAAGUUAGAACUUAGAGCGGAAAAUGCUCAGCUACAAAAACAAGUGGAAUUGGCUAAAGCCCAAUUGAUUGCCUUGGAAAUAAAGAAUGGCAAAAAGCAAAUAGCUGUGCCUGGAGCUCGCAACUUAUGUACUGAUGCCACCAAAGCCAACCCAGCGCCUGUAGCUGAAGUUACCGCUGCGGCUGGCGCACCAGAAGCUAAACAAAAACCCCAGAAAGAAAAGAAACCCAAAAAAGAAAAACCAGCCACUGCAGACAAUAAAGAAGCGGCCGCCGCUGAAUUACCCAUAGAUGUCAGACGUUUAGAUUUGCGUGUAGGUAAAAUUGUUGAGGUAGGACGCCAUCCCGAUGCCGAUAGUUUGUAUUUAGAGAAAAUCGAUUGUGGUGAAGCCCAACCCCGUACUGUUGUCUCUGGUCUGGUUAAAUUUGUUCCCCUCGAAGAAAUGCAAAAUCGUAUGGUUGUUGUAAUGUGUAACCUUAAACCUGCCAAAAUGCGUGGCAUUACCUCCGAAGCUAUGGUCAUGUGUGCCUCGACACCGGAAAAAGUUGAGGUCUUAAGUCCUCCCGCUGGUGCUGUACCCGGUGAUCUAGUACACUGUGAAGGUUAUCCCCGUACACCUGAUGCUCAAAUGAAUCCCAAAAAGAAAAUCUUUGAGACAUGUGCCCCUGACUUGAAAACAAAUGAUGAUUUGGUGGCAUGUUUUAAGGGUGCCGCUUUACAUGUGCCCGGCAAGGGUAAUGUAGUGGCCCAGUCCUUGAAAAAUGUUCAAGUUAAGUAGAGUGUUUUUAUUGUAUUUUUUGUAAUAUUAAUAAAUCAAGGGGAGAUUGUAAAGUGUUUUAAAGAAAA